AUGGAGAGAGAAGACCAAAACCAAAGUGAAUAUCUUCAGUCUCCAUUGAUUCUGCACUCACACUCGUCGGGGCAAGAUGAUGGAUUGGCAGUAAACGAAAAGCAAAGCAGUUGGAGGGGAAUUGAGAGAAGUGACAUUGUUGAAGAAGUGAAAAAGCAGUUAUGGCUUGCAGGGCCUUUGAUAGCAGUGACCCUUUUGGAAUUUUCCCUCACUGUUAUAUCAGUUAUGUUUGUGGGGCAUCUCGGCGAGUUGGCUCUCUCCAGUGCUUCCAUGGCUACUUCUUUUGCCUCUGUCACAGGUUUAAGUUUGUCGAUAGGAAUGGCAAGUGCCUUGGACACCUUCUGUGGCCAGUCAUAUGGAGCAAAGCAGUACCACAUGUUAGGCAUACACCUGCAGAGAGCCAUGUUUGUUCUCAUGACUGUCAACAUCCCACUUGCAGUUAUUUGGGCAAACACAAGGCCCAUCCUGAUUUUCUUUGGCCAGGAUCCUGAAAUAGCUGCAGAAGCUGGGAGCUAUGCUACGUUUAUGAUUCCAGGCCUUUUUGCUUUUGGCCUUCUACAAUGCCUCAACAGAUUCUUGCAAACCCAAAAUAAUGUAUUUCCAAUGAUGUGUAGCACCGGAAUUACCACACUACUACAUGUAUUUAUAUGUUGGAUUCUGGUGUUCAAAUCUGGACUAGGGAACAAAGGAGCUGCUGUAGCAAGUUCCAUAUCUUAUUGGUUUAAUGUUAUCAUGCUCUCACUCUAUGUCAAGUUUUCUCCUUCGUGUGCAAAAACUUGGACAGGCUUUUCCAAAGAGGCAUUGCAUGACAUUCUCACAUUUACGUGGCUUGCUGUUCCUUCAGCUGUUAUGGUUUGCUUGGAAAUGUGGUCAUUUGAAUUGAUGGUUCUCCUUUCUGGUCUACUUCCAAAUCCAAAGUUGGAAACAUCAGUUCUUUCCAUCUGUUUGAAUACUGCUGCAACUGUCUGGAUGAUCCCCUUUGGACUCAGUGGAGCAGUAAGCAUUCGUGUCUCAAAUGAACUUGGAGCUGGUCGUCCAUGGAAUGCACGUUUAGCAGUGCGUGUUGUCUUAGUAAUAGCCAUUAUUGUGAGCACCUUAACUGGAACAGUGAUUAUACUUGUACGCAACAUCUGGGGCUAUUUAUAUAGCAAUGAAGUAGAAGUGGUCAAAUAUGUAGCAGUUAUGUUACCAAUUCUGGCAGCAUCUAACUUUCUGGAUGGACUCCAAUGUGUUCUUUCAGGCACUGCUAGAGGAUGUGGCUGGCAGAAAAUUGGUGCAUUUGUCAAUCUGGGGUCAUACUAUUUAGUUGGAAUUCCAUUAGCUAUCGUGUUCGCUUUUGUAAUGCAUAUCGGUGGGAAGGGACUCUGGUUGGGGAUCAUAUGUGCACUCAUUGUUCAAGUGUGUUCUUUAAUGAUCAUUUCUAUUCGUACUGAUUGGCAGCAACAGGCCAAGAAAGCUACAGAUAGAGUCUAUAAUUCGGUAACUCCAGAAAAUUUAGUCUCAUAA